GAGAAAACUACGCACUCCAAUCUUUGGCAUAAUCUUUCACGUUACAAUCUUUCUGCACCAAUGGCUCAUUACUCUGAAAUAGCAAUCGCAAUUUUCAGCAUUUAUCUCAUCAAUCAAGCUUUCAAGCAAUGGUCUCUUCGCCGACGUUUCAACGAGGCCGCCAAAUCCCACGGUUGUAGACUUGCUACGAGAUAUCCGAACUGGGAACCUUUUCUAGGACUCGACGUCUUCUUGUUUUUCGGUAUGAAAACAAUUCACGGCAAACGUUCAGACGAAUUUGUCAAAAUCCACGCCAAGUAUGGACCGACUUUUGCGAUGAAAUGCUUGAGCAUAGAACCCAUGUUGCAAACGUCAAGUUCCAGGAACAUACAAACAAUUGCAGCUACGAAGUUCGAUGAUUGGGGUGUCGGUAAGACUCUUUUUGAUUUUCAAAUGAGAGUUAUGGAACAAAUCUCAUGCCACUUCUAAGGUCCAUCACGCGGUAAUAUUGGCGCACCGUUUCUUGACCGAGGUGUAAGUGAUUAUAACUUCCCGCCCGAGCUCUACCUUUCUGCUCAUCUCUGGUUCUUCAAACCUUAGAGCCACUUUCAAGUUAUACAUCAUUGACAUUAUCGCCUUCUAGGUAUUUACAGUAGACGGCGAAUUCUGGAAACAUUCUCGUGCACUCAUCAGACCAACCUUCAACCGAGCUGAGAUAGCCGACCUCGACCACUUUGAAAACUAUGUCGCUAGAUUUCUGAAGCUAAUCCCUCGAGAUGGGACAACUUUUGAUUUGCAAGACUUGACAAAAAGAUUGGUUCGUACCACCCAAAAACCCAUACAUAACGUUUUAAUGUAGGAAACUGGUUCCUAGACACUUCAUCAGAAUUCAUAUUCGGUCAAUCAAUCAAUUCUCUCUUUCCCGAAACGCCAUUCGAUACCCAUGAAUUUAUGGAGGCAUUUGACUACUCUUUAUUCGGUCUCGCAUUGCGACUAGUUCCAGGGCCCUUGAAACCACUCUUUUUCUUCGACCCUACGUGGAGGAAAGCGUACACGAAAGUUCACAAGUUCGUGGAUCAAAAGGUACAGACCGCUCUGGAGCGUCAAAGGGGGAUAUCAAAAACCGGAAAGAAACCAGACGAACACGGAAGCAAAAGAAAGUAUAUUUUUUUGAAUCAGAUGGCCCUGGAGACUCAGGAUGCCUAUGAUCUACGCUCACAAGUUAUCAACAUUUUCUUUCCAGCUCGAGAUACAGCUGCAAUUGCUAUUGGAAACGUCAUGUUUGAACUGGCUCGUAAGCCCCAGAUCUGGGACGAACUCCGAGCUGAAGUUGAGCGGAUCGGCGACUGAAAACUCACAUAUGAAGUCAUAAAAGAUCUCAAAGUUGCCAAUGCCAUAAUCAGCGAGACUCUACGUCUGCAUUUGCCCGGCACACGGAUUUCUCGUACCUCGUUGAGAGACACCAUUUUGCCAGAAGGUGGUGGUCUGGACCAACUUUCACCUCUGUUCGUCCCCAAGGGAACCUUCAUUGAGAUGGAUCUGUAUGCACUGCACCGAAAUCCCAAAAUAUGGGGCGAAGAUGCCGAAGAGUUUCGACCGUCACGAUGGCAGGAGGGUCGGGAUUUGUUGGAGGCUAAAUUGCAGUAUGCUCCUUUCUUAGGCGGUAUUCGGAUGUGUCCAGCUCAGCAGUUGGUUUUAACACAAGUCACUUACUUGCUUGUUCGGCUUGCGCAGGAGUUCAGUGCAGUGGAAAACAGGGAUUGUGUUUACAGAUACGUGGAAGAGAUCAAAAUGACUGUUGAAAGCAAAAAUGGAGUCAAGAUCUCGCUGACUCCGGCAUAG